UGAUCGUUACACGUACUUUGAAGGCAACAAUGGCUUCUAGGGAGGAUUCUCGUUCCGAACGAAAGUUAACAGAAUGUUUAAAAAAACUGGGACUGGACGCUAGAGCAGCAGAAAACGUCUUCCUGGAAUUAUGCACAGUUUUCGCCGGUCCUAAAAAAUCAAGAGAGGUGAAGCAGGCCAUCAAAGAGUUAAAGAAAUGUGUUAAUUCAGACAGUGGGGACGUGUUUAACAAACUUUCCUUCGCAAUUAACUUUGCUUCCAAGAUAGCUGCGAUUCAUCCCAUACCUGCAACGCUUGGAACUACGUUUUCAGUAUUGUCAAAUUUGUUUUUACAAGUUGGAAACGCUAUGAAAACGACUGUUCCGUCAGCAGAUAAGGACAGUGCCUAUGCUGCCAUUGAGCGCUUUCAGGAUUCAGAAUUAAAAGCGGAGGCUGUGGGUUUAGAAGAUUUGUUUUACAAUACCAAUGCCUAUCUGAAUAGUUUUGAGGAAGAUGCCCCCAAGAGUAUAAUUAACCAUUUGGAGGAUAAGUUUCCUACAAAUGAUGCUGUGAGGUUUCUUGGUAAAUUAAGGGCGAAAACAGAAGAGCUCUUGUACUCGGAUAUUAAAUCUGCUUACAGAGCAGCAGCGUACAUAAAUUUGUAUUCUAGGCUUGCGAUACUGCGAUCACUGGUGUUAUGGCAGUUGUUCUCCAUCAAAAAUCGCAGAGGUUAUGAUCAGUCUAGUGCUAAAGGCGUUCAGGCCAUGAUUACUGAAAGCGAGAAGUCUGACCUAGAGAUAGUGAAGUUUGUUACAGAAUCCAAAUUCGAAAAAGCUGUGUUUUUAACCAUAUUCAACCCAUCAGAAAAUGAACAUUUUCUACACCUCCUUCGAAUAAAACAAAUCCGGAUUCCAUGCAUAGGUCAGGACAAAUUGUUCUGUGCACAUACUCACUUGAUUCGGUCGUCCAAUUGGCCUGAUUGGAAAAUGGAGAUGUCAUCAACAUUUGGCGGGUCUAUUCGUGGAACCAAUAAAAAAUCCGACGCCUGUGAAUUUAAUUUGGAGGUGGUAGAAAAUCGAAAUCUGGACAACAUAUUUUACAUAAGAUCGAAAAAGUGGCCCUCAUAUUAUGUGUACGUAGAUCGUAAGUUCGGGUGGUGCUGGUCUGUAUCGGGACAACCUGGUCCUGAAGGUCAAUGGAAGGUCAUCAAGUUAGAGGGAACGAGUGGUAUACCUCAAUACCUUAUGUCUCCCCUUCAGUGGCCAUGCUAUUUCAUAUUUAUGAGUUCCACACCCGAUGGAACCGUGAAGGGCACAUAUGAUCUAAGAGACAUUAAGGAAAAGGGAUUGUGGGAAAUUCUUGAUAUAUAGUGAAUAUAUAGUGUAUUGUAAAGAAAUUAAAAAAAAAAUCUUCAAAAACUGGGCAAAUGUAGGGUUUUGAAUGUUCAAUGGUGUUUAUUUUUUCUUUAAUCGUAUUCUCUUUUUUUAAACAUUUCAUUUGUUGCAACAUAGUUUUUCUCAGAAAACUAAACAGUAUGUAAAUAGACAACUAAGUCAAUGCAUAUUUACCUUUCCCUCUUAUAUUUGCAAGUAUUUCAGAACCAUUUUCCAUCAUACAUCAAAAUCAUAGAAAUGAUUAAUGUUACAUGUAGCACUGUACAAAAGGAAGAGGAGAAAAGGGUAAAAGAACCAAUUUUAGGUCCUUAUCUGACAUAAAUAGUAAAGCAUGAUUUUGUUUUUAGUUAAUAAUCAUAAAACAAUGAAUGAUGUCUAGAUCAUUUGUUCUUCAGAAUACACAGAGGUCACAAGAAGGUUAGUAUUACAACUGUCUUCAUUUCUGAAGAAUUUCAAUGAUUUUUUGUUUGUUUUAGAAAACAUAGAA